UGCGAGCGCGGGUCCGCGCGCCACGUGGCCAGAGACAUCCUCCUCCCCCGCGCGCGCCGGUGGGAGAGGGGGGGUCGCGGGUUCGAGUGCGUCGCAACGUCGCAACGUCGCGGGAAGCGGAUGGUCCGCGGAGCGACCCCAGGACCCACCAGCCACGCGGCUCACACUCGCACUGUCUCAAGGUAAACUCCUUCCGCGAAUAAGUAGGGACCGGAAAAGUUCGCGGGUUCAACGACCUCCAGGACGAACUCCACAGUUCUACGUACACUCGGUCAAAUGCCACCCACCCAUUGGCCGCUGUCUUGUGAGACGUCCCAACGUAGUAGCCUGUGAUUCGAUAAAGCUUUGGUCGGGUGUUUUCUCAUUGGCCCCUCGUCGUCCAGGCGGAGUGACGGCAUGACGUGAGCCAUGAGCGCGACCACGUCGGCCGAGCCGGCGGCGGCGGGCGAACCCGUGGACAACUCGGGCUACGGCAGCGGCGACGAGACGGCCAGCCUGCUGGAACGCGUGCCGGCGGUGACGGUGGCUGCGGCGCCCGCCGCCAAGCCGGUGCUCACGCGCCAGGACUGCACCACGCACCUGCAGCGCCACCCGCAGCUGUCGGGCUCCAGCAACCUGGGCGGCAGCCAGGAGAGCGGCGCGGGCGUGUGCCUGGAGGAGUCGAGCAGCGCGCGCUCCGUGCCCGACAUCGAGCUGCACUGCCGCGACCAGGCGGUGCCGGCGCACUCUGCCGGCGCGACGGGCCCCGCCGCCUGCCGCCUCCGCGCCGCCUCCGCCGGCUACCACCUGCUGCCGCACGCGCACUCCCGCUGCCGCUGCGAGCGCCGCGACUCGCACUCGCCGCUGUCCUCCCUGCAGCCGCUGGCGCGCUCCGCUUCCCGGGAGAGCGUGCGCUCUAUGGCGCUACACCAGCACCACAUUCCCCACCACCCGCACCACUGCAACGCGGGCGGCGCGCCUCCCCCGCGCCUGCUGCUCACCACCUCGCCCUACAGCUCGCGCAUCAUCCGCCAGAGCUCGCAGCCCGAGUCGACGGCGGCGGUGGCGCCGUGCGGCGGCCACUGCGCGCACCAGCACUGCGCGCACCCCAGCGCCUCGCUGCGGCAGCUGCGCGAACCGGGCGACGGCAUCGCCGGCAUCGCCGCCGACUCGCUCCGCAUCAACGGCGCCAUCCGGCAGUUCAAGCAGACUCUGGCGCAGUCCCGACGGUCGCGAUUAAGACGGGCCUUCACGGACGCCACGAGCGAUACGAUCACCUACGCCAAAACGCUGCGGAAGCCCGUGUCCACGCUGUCCAUCCCGGGCUCGAUGAAGGGCCUGCAGGGCAGCAAGGAGGGCCCCGGCGGCGCGGCGGCUGAGGAGGCGGGCAUCGCGCUGGUGGGCGUGCACGCCGAGUACCCCAGGUACACGGAGGAGCGCGGCCUGUGCAAGGGCGGCUCCCUGGAGAGCGGCGGCGCCAACACCGCCGGCGGCGGCUCCCAGGGCAAGCACAAGCCCAACGUGGGCUACCGCCUGGGGCGGCGCAAGGCGCUCUUCGAGAAGCGCAAGCGCAUCAGCGACUACGCGCUCGUCAUGGGCAUGUUCGGCAUCAUCGUGAUGGUGAUAGAGAACGAGCUGUCCAGCGCGUACGUGUACACCAAGGUGGGUGGACCCGGCGUCUUUGACGUUCCCUUAAACCACCACGCCGGCGCCUACAGCUUGGCGUCUUUCUACUCGACGGCGUUGAAGACGCUCAUUUCCGUUUCGACUGUGAUCCUCUUGGGACUGAUAGUGGCCUACCACGGACUGGAGGUGCAGCUGUUCAUGAUCGACAACUGCGCCGACGACUGGCGCAUCGCCAUGACGUGGCAGCGCAUCUCGCAGAUCGCGCUCGAGCUGUGCAUCUGCGCCGUGCACCCCAUCCCGGGCGAGUACUACUUCUACUGGACGACGCGGCUGGCGAACCGGUCGACGGGCGAGACGGGCUCCAAGUGGGUGCCCUACGACGUGACGCUCUCGCUGCCCAUGUUCCUGCGGCUGUACCUCAUCUGCCGCGUCAUGCUGCUGCACAGCAAGCUGUUCACGGACGCGUCGUCGCGCUCCAUCGGCGCGCUCAACCGCAUCAACUUCAACACGCGCUUCGUGCUCAAGACGCUGAUGACCAUCUGCCCGGGCACCGUGCUGCUCGUGUUCAUGGUGUCGCUGUGGAUCAUCGCCAGCUGGACGCUGCGGCAGUGCGAGAGAUUCCACGACGAAGAGCACGCCAACUUACUAAACGCCAUGUGGCUGAUAGCCAUCACUUUCCUCAGUGUCGGUUUCGGCGAUAUCGUGCCCAACACGUACUGCGGCCGCGGCAUAGCCGUCACCACGGGCAUCAUGGGAGCAGGCUGCACGGCGCUGCUGGUAGCGGUUGUGUCUCGUAAGCUGGAACUUACGAGAGCUGAGAAACAUGUCCAUAAUUUUAUGAUGGACACGCAGCUAACGAAGAGGCUGAAGAACGCGGCCGCCAACGUGCUGCGCGAAACGUGGCUCAUCUACAAGCACACGAGGCUCGUGAAGCGCGUGAACCCGGGCCGUGUGCGCGCACACCAGAGGAAGUUCCUACUCGCCAUUUAUGCCUUGAGGAAGGUGAAAAUGGACCAACGGAAACUCAUGGACAAUGCCAACACAAUAACCGACAUGGCGAAGACGCAGAACACCGUGUACGAGAUCGUGUCGGACAUGAGCAGCCGGCAGGACGCCAUGGAGGAGCGGCUGUCCGGCAUGGAGGACAAGCUGGCGGCCAUCCAGGAGCAGCUGGAGCUGCUUCCCGACACCUUGGCGCGCUGCCUCAGCCAGCACGCCGACAAGCUGGACCAGCGGCGCAACUUCCUGCACCCCGAGUCGGCGCUGCAGCCGCCCGCAACCCCCUCCUCCUCGCUGCCUCCGGCGGCGGCGGGGUCGCUGCUGCUGCCGCACUCGCGCAGCGUGCCCAACCCCUGGCCGCCGUCGCCCAUCCUGCCGCCCAUCAGCAGCCGCACGCCGCACCUGGUGCCCGAGACGCUGCGGCCGUCGGCGGCCUCCUCCUCCAGCUGAAGGCGGCCGUCCUCCGUGCAGACCAGUCUGUACAAGCGCGCGGCCGCCGCGCUGGGGUCGCUCUGCCUCCUCCUGGCUGAACACUCCCGGCCGACCGGCUGGGCUCGUUCGGGUUCCCCGCGUUCCGUCGGCUCGCAAACUUCCCCGCGGGUUGGUUUGCUUCUAGCCUGAGUGUGCGUGUCACGGCCACGAUCGCGCGGUACAACGUUAGAAAAUCAAUCUGGCGGGUAGGUCUUCAGCUGUGCCUCUCGGCCCAUGCUUCUCCAACCAGCUCUCGUGGGAUGGUGGUAGGUUGAAGCUAGCGUGCACGACAUCAAGUUUCAUAUGAUCGGCACCGCUUAUUACAGCUCGUAAAAGAAAAAAAUAUAGAUAUACUUGUUUGCCGACUGCUCUGAAUUAUAUCUCGGUCUCACAAGCCAUGUUGAAUUUUUUUUUUCGAUUUUUUUUUUGUUUCAUCAGGCCAAAUUUUUUUAGGGCUCUUCAUAAAAUUUUAACUCGCUACGUCCAAUGCAUUUGUUGUUCCGCCACACGUUUCUUCAAACAGAUAUUCAUUAAGUAUUGUAUCACGGGUGUUAAAAGGCCUACACUAAGUGAAUAUCUGUUUGAAAAUGUUUGUAGCAAAAUAAAUUCAAGGGAUGUAUCGAGUAAAAUUUAAAAAAAAAAUAGACUUUCAAAUAAAAACAAAAAAAAUCAACAUGGCGUGUGAGAACGAGCCUUAAAUAGAACAAAUAUUAUUUAUUAGGAGCAGAGGCGUCGUUUUGGCGUCUUAUUUUUUUUGUCUGGCAAACUUUUUGAAUCUGUGGAACUUACGGGAAUUUAAUGGGCCACUGUCUGCAUUUUGGAGGGAAUAGUGUAGGGUCAUAAAUACACGAAACCCCGCCAAACUUACCUAGACUCUUCAUUAUCGUUUCUUUUAAAAACCCGUUGCAUCGUCUCUUGCGUGAACUGAAGUUCAAACAUUUCCAAUCUGUGACAACAGGUAGCAGUAGUGUCGAAGAAAUGUUAGGUGCAUUAAUAUUGCUGCUUCGGGACUAUAUGAGUCGCUACAAUCGAUUGUGUCACGGCUAGCCUAUUAGGAUGAUUUUCACACAAAUAGCAUCAUUUCUAGCCGCUGACUCUAUUUUAAUAACGACUAAUACAUACUGUUAUUUAAAAGUUAAUAUAAAGCAAAGCAGGUUACAAAUUUAAUUUGUUUUUUUUUAAUUCGAAAAUAGCCUCUAGUUAAUUUAUAAAGAAAUAAUGUUGAAAUGAAAAGCCUAAUAAAAGCAUUAAACAAAAUAGUAAUUAUUUCGAACACUUAAAAUACGGUAUAUCACUUGAGAAGUGGUUGUAACAAUAUAAUAAGUACAAGUUUUGAUACUUGUCUUAUGAACGAUCUUUUUUUAAAAAGUGUUUCAUUGUGUUAAAUACUUUUACUUGACGUUGCGUCUGCACCCGGUGCUCUAAACACGACCGAAACGCAUGCGUAACGGCGCGUCGCAACCUGCUCGCCGGCACAGCCAUCACUGUCCGUACUGCCGCGGUCAACCACCGCUCACGUCACGCCCUUUGACGGCCAUCGGCGAACUCAAAGUUCGGAGCCCAAUGGUUGUUUGGGUCCCGGGGUCGGUAGCGCGGUGAUAAAACAAACUGAUCGAACAGGUUGUAGUGCACAAUUGUGUGUUUGAAGUUUGUCAAAAAUAAAUCUCGCAGUCCAAGCUCGUAGACAUAAUGCAAAGAUUUGAAUACUUAGUCCGAGUGUUUAUGGAUUUUUAUAUACAAUUUUAAUGAAUGUUUGGAUACAUAUAUUUUUGCAGGAAACCUGUCUCACGGUUCUCCAUUUGAAUAUAAGAUUUUUCUAAUGCGUUUGUAAAAAAGAUAAGAUAUCAGUCUAAAAACAAAGUGCAAAAUAAAGUCAUUAAUAUUUGCUGCUUCGAAACCACCUACAUUGCCUUUUGUGAAAGUACAUUUUUAAAGUAAUUUUAAAUGGUAUAUGAUUUUUUUAAUAUUUGACUACACCCUGAUAUAAUGACUUUUAAGUCAGGUAUUUUGCGCGAUUGAAAUAAUUUUUGGUAUUAGCAAUGUUGUGCAAAAUAGACGCAAACUUGGGCCGGGUGCGGGAGAUGUCUCCUUUUACUCUGGAGCAGGGAAAAGAGGAAAAAUGUUGACAUUGAUAGCUACACACUACUGAAGCAGGCAAUGCAUAUAAAAAUCAAUACCAUUUACCAUCCCCAGUCCUCGUUAGAAAUGUAGGUCUCACGCGGCUUCCAGCACGAUUAUAUUUUGUGGUCAGAUACUGGCUAAUGAUGCUAUUUUAUUUUAACUUGAAUGACAUAUUAUUCAUUUGCAUAUCACUACGUUUUUGGUCUUUAUAACUAAGGCGGAAAUAUUCUAUAGUUUAAGAACUUUUUCAAUUAGUCAUAAGAUGACACAAAAUUCCAAAGUAAUCAUUGAUUCGGAUUGUGAUUCAGCAUUGGAAAUUAUAAUUAUGUUCGAUGUCUACUUAAUUUUAUUACAUAGUUAUAAAAUGGACAUGUUCACUGGCUUAUAGAUACUUCAUCUCACAAUACUUCAAUUACUUGCACUUGGUGAAUAUCAUUGGGAAUCUAAUAAAAUCAUAUAUUUUUUUACACUUUAUAAGAAAAUCCAUUCUAUACAUGGUUAUUUAUUUAAAGCAAAAUCUCACAAAACCAUUGUCUUUCCAUUUUCACAUCGUAAAAAUCCAUAAAACUUAAUUCUCAUCGUUGAGGGCCGUAAUGUCUGUUAUGUCCAAGUUUACAUUGAAAGUCUCACUCUAUUGGUUUUAUAAUCAUGUUUAGCUACUUAUAAGAAUACAAAGGUUCGUAAUUUGUAUAAUGAUCAUGGGUAAACACGAAAAUAGGUUCACUUAUAUUUAUUGUAUAUUUUAAAGUUGUUUUUUUGUAUUUGGCCAUUUAAUUGUUCUCAUUCGAGCGUUUGGUUGCUAUUUCAACAUUCGUGCUCCUAUUUGUUUUUAAAUUUAAGCAGCAAUUGAGGCGAGCAAUCGUAACGUGUGGAAGCAAGGUUCUAUUCCGCACAAUCAGUUACAUUUUUUUUAUAGAUUUUUGACAUCUGUGACCUUCUGUGUUGCUGCCUGAGGUUUAUGAUCGACCCAUUUAGAGGAAGGCAUGACCACAUAUCCGCUGAAACCCAAUGCAGCACAGUGGCUCAUUAGCUAGGCGCAGACAUUACUAUACACUCGCCCUUACAAAUCAUUUUCUUGUUAUUCGAGUACAAAAAAUUGUGGUAAAAUAUCUACCGACGAAUUUUAAGUGGAAUUUUGUUUGUGAUAGAAUUUAUUUAAAAACAAGUUUUAGAUGUUCAUUUAUUUUAAUGUUGAUCUAUCACGUUUGUAAGGCUAGUUGAAACCUCUCCAUCCGCUUGCGACUGUUCUGUGUUUUCGUCGCGACCUAACGUUUGUACAAACUGUUCGCAACUCACGCAGUGCUGGACACGAAGUUUGUUUGCCUUUCUGUGCAAAUGUUCGUGAAGAAGAGUUUUGAAACUGAACACUUUCCCGCCCCACUCGACUGUGGUUUAACCUGUUUCGCUGUUCACUUAUUGGGGGCCUUCUGUUGUGCUGUGCUGAUGGGCUCUGCCCUAGGAUGUUACGGGAACAUUGCCCUGAUGUAUAUAUACAAAUUCAAGAGAGACUAUCUAUUUUAUUGGAUACUGCGAGUGAAUUCGGGAAAAUAUAUUUUACGAUGCGCAAAACAUUUCACGAUGAAAAUAAAAAAACUGCUGGUAAAAAUUUAUCCACAUAUUUAAAAUAAAUAUUCCUUAAAUAUAAACUUUAUGUAGGUAUAUGUUCUGAUUUGUGAAAAAUCAAUUUUUUUACAAAACUUUACAAAUUUUUUGUGUUUUUAAAUCUAAAAAUACCAUACAAGAAGUUUUACUUCACAACUUUGUUUCGAAAAUUCUUUUUGAAUAGUACGUUGUUGUUAUUAUUACAUUAUUUUGUC